GGGUUCUACGAAAGGAGCGUGAGUGUCGUCCUCGCAGUCACAGCUGGCACCUCCUUCUGACUUCAUUCAUUCGAUUUUUUUUUUUUUUCUUCCAUUCACGGAGGUGGAAAGGCCUGCUCGAAAGCCAUGGAGAGCGCUCUCCCUGCUGCCAGCUUCCUGUACUGGGUAGGCUUUGGCACCGUGGCCUACCUGUCCCUGCGCAUCUCGUACUCGCUCUACACGGCUCUUCGCGUCUGGGGUGUGGGUAACGAGGCGGGGGUCGGCCCGGCGCUCGGUGAAUGGGCAGUUGUCACAGGUAGUACUGAUGGAAUUGGAAAAGCAUAUGCAGAAGAGCUAGCAAAUCGUGGAAUGAAGGUUGUCCUAAUCAGCCGAUCACAAGACAAACUGAACCAGGUUUCCAGUGAGAUAAAAGAAAAAUUCAAAGUGGAGACAAGGACCAUUGCUGUUGACUUUACAUCAGAAGAUAUUUAUGAUAAAAUUAAAACAGACCUGGCGGGUCUUGAAAUUGGCAUUUUAGUGAACAAUGUGGGAAUCUCAUAUGAGUAUCCUGAAUACUUUUUGGAAAUUCCUGACUUGGACAAUGCCAUUAAGAAACUGAUAAAUAUUAAUAUUCUUUCUGUUUGUAAGAUGACACGAGUGGUGCUGCCUGGCAUGGUAGAAAGGUCUAAAGGUGCAGUUCUGAACAUCUCCUCUGCCAGUGGCAUGUUUCCGGUUCCACUAUUGGCCAUCUACUCUGCGACCAAGGCUUUUGUAGAUUUCUUCUCUCAGUGCCUCCAUGAGGAGUAUAGAAGCAAGGGCAUCUUUGUGCAGAGUGUCCUGCCAUUCUACGUAGCUACAAAACUGGCUAAAAUCCGAAAGCCAACUUGGGACAAGCCCUCUUCAGAGACAUUUGUGAAAUCUGCAAUUAAAACAGUAGGCUUGCAGUCCCGAACCAAUGGAUACCUGAUCCAUUCUCUUAUGGGCUCAAUAAACUCCAUCCUGCCUUCUUGGAUUUAUCUUAAAAUAUCCAUGGGUCUCAACAAGUCCCUGAGGGCUCGCUAUCUGAAGAAAGCCAAGAAGAACUAAACGUCAUCCCACAGCCAGAUGCUUCUGCCUGUGCACGUUAGCUGCAGGGCACCCACCAGUCCCCAGAAGCUGUUGUUGUCAUUGCAGCAAUUGCUAACCUAGCCAAAUGUUGUCAUGAUUUGGAGGAAAAAAGAAGUUGCUUUUAGAAGUUCCCGACACAUGUUCUGGAUUCCACCAGAACUAAUUUUGAAGUUUAAUAUAAACACUCAUAUAAAAUGGAUGUAGGACUCAUAUUACCAAGAACAAUUUAAUAGGAAAAAACAUGAUUAUAGCAAAUCACAGAAUGACAAACAUAAAAGCCAUCUGUUCCAUCUGGCCCCAAAGUCAGUGAUCAUUAUUAUAUUUUCUCUGAAAACAUACCAUAAAAUAUAAUCACUAGCAAUUCUUUUUUUCCUUUUUUUUAAAAAUUUUACUCACUUUGACGGAAUGGGGAUUAAUUAAUUUGCUUAUUGGUGACAGUAAUGAUUUUGAAAAAAUGGGGAAUUAAUUUGCUUAUUGGUGGCCAAACUGUAAUUUACAUAGAUCUCUAUAAGGUUUUCUAAAUGUAUAUACCAAUUUAUAUGUUUAUAUGGAACUAUUCCUUCUAAAAAGUAUAAUUAUGAAAGAGGGAAUUAUUUCUGACACGUAAAGCCCACUAAAAUAAGCUUUAUUAUAACAUGUUAUUUCUUCUCAGUUUACACAAAUGUAAAUACUGAAACUGUGCAGUAUGAUUGAAUUAUAAAGAUAAGUGGACCAAGGCUGGGGUUGUGGCUCAGUGGUAGAGUGCUUGCCUAGUACGCAUGAGUCACUGGGUUCGAUCCCCAGCACCACAUUAAAAAAAACUAAAUAGCGUACAAUGAAUCGAAAAGCUUUCUGCUGUCAUGUAGAACUGAUUCGAACUAAUACAAAAUAAGUUUUUUUAAAACGAAGUUUAAAAAAAUAAAGGUAUAUUAAAAAAAAAAGAUAAAUGGACCAAAAUGUACAUUGAGGCUGACCAUCCCUAUGGUACCACUGACACCCCAACUCAGGACCUGCACAGAC